UUAAUAGCCAGAAAUGUUAGCUGCCUCGAUGAAAGGAAGAAGCAAGAUGUUGGUUCAUAGGAGUAGGAGGUCCUUUGGCUGGUUCGGAUUUGGGAAGAGGGUGAAGAGUAGGACGGAUGGAUAUGAGCAAUGUCAUGUGGUGCUGAAUUUUAAGGCUUGAGAGAUGGGGAGGUUGCUUGUGGAUAAGAUAGCGAAGAAAGCACCGGGGAAGAGGGUUAUAGCGGUAGCAGCUGAUGUGAAGGAGCAGAGGAGUGGUUAUAGUGAGCAAGUUGAGUUUUUUGAAGCAGAUUUGGGGGAGAAGGAAGGUCUUGCUGAGCUUAUUAAUUACAUGCAUGAAUGAAAAUACUCAAUCGAGACUUUAUUUCAUAAUUAUCCCAGAAUUUUGAAGAUUGAAGGAGAGGAGAAUUCUCUUGAUCAUUUUAAAGAUAUUAUGGCCCAGAUUAUUCAACAACCAAUGAUCACAAACUCUGAGAUUUUACAGGAGGAAUUAAUCUGAGCCGAUCCUUCAGCUUCUGAGAGACAAGCAACUAUUUUCCAUUCUAUUCUUAGGCAAAAAGGGAUUUAUUCUAUCCUUCAGGGUACAUUCAUGCAUAUGGAAAGGUGUUUAGAAUCAGAUCUAAAAAAACACAAAACCUCUGUAGUACAAAUCGAUCCAGGAAUCUACUCAUCAGAACAUUUAUCCAACAUUCCCAAUGCUCCCAAGUCACUCAACACCUCUUCUACACAAAUCAUCCCUGCUGAAGUCGUCGCUGAGACUAUCAGCAGUCAAAUAAUAAACCACAGGGUCUUGGAAUCUCCAAAAAUCAAUCUUUACGAUCUCCUCUCCGAAUACAGCGAGCCUCCAUAUUACAAAGAAAUCAAAUAA